UUUCCAGCAGAGCCACUGGACUGGUUCCUUUAGUAGGUCAGGCUUGAUGGCUCCCGGAACAUUGACAAGUUGAAACCAAACUUCUUUAGCCGAUGAGCUGUUUUGAUUAUCUCUUUUAGUUACUGUUUUGAUCGUUCAUACACCUCCAUAUCCUGUAGAAUGGAGAUCGGUGCUUUAUCAUGAAAUUCCGCGCGCAGUAUGACAGAGGAGCAUAUAGCGAGUCCAGAAGAGCGUUUAAACUGAGGGAUUCACCUGAUCCGAUGCAAACCGAUCCGAGCACGCAGGGAGGGAACGGGCUGUCACUUACCCUGCAGCCGGAGCUGCUCGCCCGAAUGCCCGGCGCUGGAAGUGCCAGCAGGCCGGAAACAGACGAGGACGUCCGGGUUCCUAUCGGCAGCGGACGCGGCGCGACGUCGCGAAGGCUGAGAACAGCGAGUCACAGUCACAGUCACAGCCACGGACACACUCACAGCCAUGAGCCCGAGUCAGAGAGCAGCGAGUCUGACCUGGAAUCCGGAGAAUCCGGCAGCUCGUUAUCGGAGCUGCGCUACCUCCUGCGCUGGCUCAAGAAGAGUCUUCCCUUCAUAGUUAUUCUCUGUGCGAAACUAGUGAUCCAGCACGCCCUGGGUCUGGCCGUUGCAAUUGGUUUGUUUACCACCUUUAUGUACGUCAACAAAAGCAUUCAGACGCAAGUCUUUCUCCACGACCGAAGGACAAAGUUGCAUUGUGCCUGGAUCUUGCUGUUCCUCACAUCCUCCAGUCUUCUUGUGUUCUACACUUUUCACACCCAGUCACUUUAUCGCUGCCUAAUUUUUGCAAACGCUACAAUAGAUUCUCAGAACUUCUGGGAGGUUUUAUGGAGUGUCGGUGUGACUAACUUCAUUUUGAAGUUUUUCUUCAUGGGGCUCAAGUGUCUUGUUCUCCUCAUCCCCUCCCCGCUCAUGACAUACCGGCGAAGGGGCCAGUGGUACAUGCUCAUAGAGGAGCUGGGUCAGUUGUAUCAAGUGAUCGCUCCUGUCCCGCUUUGGUUCCGCUAUCUGGUCAGUUAUGAUGAGAUGGACACCUCAGUGGGUCUUACUCUGGGAAUCCUGUUAGCCUUGCUCUACCUCAUAAUGAAGCUUUUGGCCUUGUAUGGACUGUCAGGAUCAUUGCAAAAACAAUUACGGACUUUUUUCAGUUCUGAGGUGAACGGAGCUCCAGCCAGUCCUGCUCAGGUUAGAGAGGCAGGGGACAUUUGUCCGAUCUGUCAGGCUGAUUUUAAGCAGCCUCGGGUCCUCGUGUGUCAGCAUAUCUUCUGUGAGGAGUGCAUCGCCCAGUGGCUUAACCAGGAGAGAACCUGUCCUCUCUGCCGCACUGUCAUCACAGACAAGGUGCAGAAGUGGAAAGAUGGUGCAACAUCAGCUUAUUUGCAAAUAUACUGAAAUCUCACUGAAAGGACGGAAACACGGUGUUGUGGCAUGUUGAAACAUUCAACCAGCAGUGGAUCCACAGAAUGUGGAUCGUUCCUCUCACACAUCGCACUUGUUAUAAGGCAAAGGGCUCUAGAAAAAGCUCCAGGUUUGAAUUUUUGAAAUCUAGAUAACUUGUCAAAAGGACAAGUGUAUUCACCAGCUCUUGUAUUAUUAUAACAACUAUUAUAGUCACAUGUGGGACUUUUUUAGUGUUUAUAAUUUAUAUUCCUCUUUUUGUUCUUGCAUACCAUCUCUGGUUUUACUACUUACUGUGCGGGUGUAAGCAGACAAAUGGAUACAGUGGAGGCAAAUGUAUUUCUUUAUAUUGUAUUUGUGGAGAAGAAAACUCACAAAUAAUUUGGCAGAAAUUCAUUUGUCGUCUCCCUAAAUGUAUUUUAAUUUUAAAAACUAUUUUUUCAUGGAUACUGGGUCUUUUGGUAUGAUCCUUUGUCAGAUACUGUGGUUUUUGUAACUGAAUUGGUUUUAAAUGCAUUUAAGACUCAUUCAGUUUGAAGUGUUCUGAUUUCUUUGGUAAUCUGAAUGUGAGGCAAUUGAACAUGAACUGCUGAUUUAUCAAACGAUGAAGCAUUAGAAUUUUAUAACCAUGUGAUUUUCGUGACUGAACAACACACAGUGGCUUUUGAAUGUAUUAUUAUUAUUGCAAUUCAGGCCUUUCCACAGAUACAUGGUAUUUUUCUAAUCAUGUUGUACUUCCACUGUAAUAAACCAAAGCUUUGAAGAGGAAAUAUCUAUUUUAGUACCCUCAUACAGUAUGCAGUUACAGUUCUAUUUAUAUCCAGUAUAUCUGACCAAAUAAAUUUUUCAAACUGUUAAAAA